AUGUUCUUCUCCAACCUCACAGACUCCAUGACAGGAGGAGUCCCUCUCUCUGUGGACUUCGACAGUCCUGAAGACUAUCUCAUCUUCAUAUUCCAGAUCUUAUUCGCCACCACCACAGUCCUCAUAGCGGGAACAGUGGUGAUCGGAAUCCUGUUCACCAGGGCGCUGCGCCUGCAGAACAGGUUCAUUUUCAUGCUGAACACAAGCAUCUGUGACACUCUGGUGGGGUUCUCAGUCUAUUACCUGGGCCUGUUUGACGUGUAUGAGGGUUACCCGCCGAGAAACGGGACUUAUAAUGUGCUGACGUCGCUCCUCGGCGUGAACAUAUUGACUUUUUUGUUCGCGCAGUUUGACAGGUACUUCGCGGUGUGUCACCCUUUCAUCUACAGCCGCUUCAUCACGCGCCACUUUGUCGUUGGCGUCAACAUCUAUUGUUGGCUUUACAACGCCGCGCACCUGCUGGCCAGGAACGUGCUGCCACUGUCCAAAGCCAUGCAGCUGUACGUGUUCAGCAUUGUCUUUUUCCAGCUGGUCGUGCUCACCAAAGUGGCCAUGACCAUCAAACUGUACGUCAUCGCCAGAGUGCAGCUCCAAAGAGACCCUCCGAGCGCGGAGAGAGAAAACAAAAAGGAGUCACUGAGAAUAAUCAUCUUUGUUGUCAUCGUCUUCCUGCUGUUGUGGUGUCCCUCUUUCGUUAACAUUAUCGUCAGGUUUGUUGGGGGAGGCGCAAUGUCGUUUAGAAACGAGGCCACUAACCUCUUCGCCAUCAUGGCUCGUUUAAACGCCGUGUGCACACCUUCGGUGUAUCUGUGGGGGAGUCCGGCUCUGAGGGAGGCCACAAUGAGGACAGUGUGGAGGAGACUGUGCCCUGGAUGCAGGAGGAGAGUGGAAUCCUUUCAAGGGAAUGCAGAUAAAUCAACCAAAAAUUGAUGGACAUAACAAGAACCCAUGAAGACUCCACCUCCCAUGUUAUUAUCCACACGUUCUUCAUCAUCAUCUCUGCAUCUUCCUCUUUUCCUGUCUAGUUUU